AUGGCGCCUGCUAAUGGGCACCUGCUGCUCCCCAAAAUAUGGAGGGCGGCAAGGUUUGCCUAUGAGAAGGCCUCCAGGGCUAUAAGAGCCAAACUACCAGAACCAACACAACACACAACCCUUCGAUAUCAGCCUGUCUAUGCCCGCAUCAACACCCACCAACCAAUCAACAAGGCUGCUGCCAUCCGACAGGCCCGAAGCCGCUACUUCUCGACCCGCGCGGCUGGUGCCUUCGUCUCCGCAGCUAAAUCGAGUGUUCAAGCGGACGCCGGUGCCUACCGAGCUACUCGAACUCACCUGCCGCGCUCCAUUUGCGUCCACCCUUCGUCCCAAUUUGACCGGGGCACCUUGGCCGUACUGCGGGGGGGCUAUGCUAUCGGCGCCGGCCGUUUCGGAGGCGCUCGGUACUUCUCGCAUGGACCCGCUGCACCUGCGCAGGUAAUUCAGAACGUCUCUCAGGGCGUCCGAGCCUUUUUCCUGUCGGGUCAGAAAAUCCGGUUCGACGGAAUUGACCCUCGCACGGGCGAGAAGCAGUACAAGGCCGUCAGCGCGCUGCAGGACCAGGCGGGUCGCAAGAUGACUUCCAUCCCCCGUACCGCGUCGGGCUCCUACCUUGAUUUUCAACUUUCGCCUACCAUUACUGCUUUCGGUGCUUUGGCUGCCUUUGGAAAGGAGGAGGGGGCUUCUACCGAGACUUUGCGGUCUGAAGGUCUGAUGGAUUUGCUCUCUGCGGAUUUUGCCCGUGCAUUCAAGGAGUUUGCCAUUGUUUUGAACGAUCUUAAGCGGCUUUCUGCCUUGGGUGAUCUUCCCAUAACUCUUGAAGAUCAAUCGACUCUCCGCGUCCGUUUCCCCGGCUGUGAUGCGGAAACCGUGGAGCGACUUUGCGAUGAAGUGGGCGUGCAACGAGGCCGGGUCAGCCAAGAUGAGGAUUUUGAUCUUCGAACUGGAGCUGAUUUGGCCCUCCUGUUCCCAUUCGCUCCUAGCAUGGCUUGUUCGUCUGAUGUAGAGUAUCUCUUCGAGAAGCCUGCAAAGUCAUGCUGCGCCUCUUCUCGUGAUCUCGACUGGCAAGACAUGCUGACGCCCGAGGGCCACAUGUUCUCCCCGAACUCUGGCUACGAUUCUGGCAAUGGUAUCAGUUUUGAUGACGAGGAGCUGUUCUGUAAUAACCCGUGGAAGAGUUCGUCUCGCUCGGCUUACUCGAGUAUCAACAUUAGUGAACUGGGUGACCGUGCUUUUUUCCAAGAAGCCUCUCCUGCCAGCAUCCCUGAAACCACGAGCGAGUAUGAUGGGUCGGAAGGGAUUCACCGGUUUCUUGCAGAAUGCGAUCGCGCUCGACGCUAG